UGAGAAGUGGGCAGGGCUGGUAAAAGAUGCCUGCUUUAUAGGCCAAGGAAGCCCAGGGAGUCAUUGACACCGGACCAGCUAUGGAGUGUGUGAUCCGUCCAGCCGCAAGCGAGGACUGCGACCACAUCAUGGCCCUGAUCCGGGAAAUUGCAGAGUUUCACCAUUUGCUAGAUGAGGUCACCAUAAACUCUCAAGUUUUAAAGGCGGAUGGCUUUGGCGAAGACCCCUUCUUCAAAUGCAUCCUGGCUGAACUGCCUGCAGAAACCGGCAAACCAGUUAAGCCCCCAUUGGCUGCUUCUUAUUUCUUUGGGUACUGCUUUAAUCGUGGGAGAAGUGUGUACUUGGAGAACCUGUACGUGGUGCCAGAAUUCCGAGGAAAAGGAAUUGGUACAAAAUUGCUGGGCCAGGUGGCAGAGGCGGCCCUGGCAGCCGGGUGUGUGGAGAUGCAUGCGCUUAUGACGAUGGACUGGAACUCCCCGGCCAAGGGCUUCUACCUCAACCUGGGGGCUCAGGACCUGACCCAGUCGGAGGAACGGCAUUGCAUGGAGCUGGAUAGAGAGGCCUUGCAAAGGCUGGCCCAGAGGGGAAAGCACAGCAGUAGGGGUGCCCUUGGCCCCAGCUCGGGCCAGGCCCAGAAGCCAGAGCCCUGAGCCCAGAACUGCACCAUGUGGGGCUCAUGCCUACCCACCCCCCCCACCCCUCCCUGGACCUUUCCUCAUAUGUUAUAGUGUGAGACUGAAGGACUCUCUUCUUGUCUGUGUUCCUGCCUGAGAGUUAAGAUCCCACAGACAGCUCCUCCUGUCUGUCCCAAAGAAGCCAAUUGGAGGGGGGGGGGGGGAGAACGGGAUGGUACAUAAGUGUGAUCUCCAGCCACAACCUGGAGGUUGGUAACCACAGUACAGAGGACAGGCCGUUUUCAGUGGCAGCCCCACAUUUAUACAACAGCCUCCCUAGGAAAGUGCACCGAGUUUCUGUGCUUCCAUUUUUAUGUUUUUUUUUAAAAAAAGGACUGCAUUUGAUUAAGAAAGCAGUUUUAGGUUGUGAUUUUUUAAAAAAUCGUUUCAAUGUAUUUUCACGUGAUCUAUUUCAUGUAUUUUAUUUAUAUUGGAAACUACCUUGAGCUCUGCAAGGGAAGAACAAGUGGCAAAUAUUUUAAACAAAUAAAUAAAUAAAAUGAAUAGAAAUGAAUUGUUGGAAAAAUCGGAUUUGGCUAGAGUGGCGUUUGCUACACAGCGAUCUUCGCGAUGGACCUGCAGAACGCGGGGGAAAACCUCUUGUAGUUGUGAACU